AAAAGGCAACGAAAUCCUUCCCAAAGCAUCAGUCAAACGCAAGACUACAAACCAAUCGCAUCUAGCGCUCGCUCGUUCGAAAGCUCCAAAACAAACACCAAACACUCAACAUGUUCAAAUACGUGAUCGUUGUUCUGGCCCUGAUUGCCGCCGUCUUCGCUGCCCCCAAGCCGCAGUUCCUCUACACGCCGACGGCUUACAGUGCGUACAACACGUAUGCUGCUCCGGCCGCUGCCACCGUCUACAGCUCGGGUGCCUAUGUACCGGCCGCUUACUCUGCCUACGCCCCAGCUGCUGCCACCUACUCGGCUUACGCUCCCCUUACCUAUCUGUAA